GCAAACAGUAACAGAAGUAGAAAAUCUCCUUGUGGUGGGACACUUUGCAGAGCAUGAUGGAGAAUAUACAGAGAGAUCGAAACAAACUGAUUGCAUGGGCACUGCUGUUCUACGUGGGCUCACAGGUGUCCUGUCAGCAAUGUGGUGGUCCAUGCCAGUGCCAAGACUCUGUACCAGUGUGCCCAGAGGGUGUUCCUCUAAUCCUCGAUGGGUGCCAGUGCUGCCAGGUGUGUGCCCGCCAGCAGGGCGAGGCCUGCAGUGAGGUGUUACUAUGUGACAGUCAGCGUGGCCUCCAAUGUGACUACAGCGCCAGCUUCCCUGGUGACCCAGGAAAUUGUGUCAGUAUGAAGGAACUGGGCUGUGAGUUUAAAGGAGUCUCUUACCAGGAAGGCCAGGUAUUUCAGCCAUCCUGUGCUCUUCAGUGUCGCUGCUCGGGUGGAGGGGUGACCUGUGUGCCCCAGUGCAGGGAGGAUGUUUACCUACCCACCCCAGGCUGCCCUCACCCUCGACAGGUUCUGCCACCCGGAAAGUGCUGUAAGGAGUGGGUGUGUGAAAAUAUGGACAACACAGUGCUUCAGGAUGCUCAAAUUGCUUCAAGACCUGUCCAGUCUCUGCCUGCACACCUUGGACGCCAAAUCAGGCCCAGUUCAAACUGCAUAGACCAGAGCUCAGAGUGGAGUGCUUGCUCACAAACCUGUGGGUCUGGGAUAUCCACACGGGUGUCCAAUCAAAAUCCAGCCUGCCGUCUUGAGAUGCAGAUGCGCUUGUGUAUGGUCCGACCCUGCCAGUCUUUUCCCCUCAGAACCCCACAGUGGUCAAGGAGGAAAUGUCAACCCAGCUACAGGUCAGCGACCCCUGUGCGGCUUUUUCACCAGGGCUGCUAUAGUACCCAGUUGUACAGACCCCGUUAUUGCGGCCUAUGUACAGACAACCGUUGUUGCACUCCUUACCACACUGGCACAGCACUGGUCACUUUCCGUUGCCCUGGAGGGAGACUGAUCAAUCAAGCUGUCAUGACCAUCAACUCCUGCAUCUGCCAUUACAACUGCCCCUAUUCAUCUGCAGGGGCAUAUAGAGGAACAGCCUUCUGGGGUUAGACACUCAUAUAUUGACUUUUGACUGAGCCUUGUGUUUUAAUCUUGGAUCUAAAAGCUUCAUAUUGGAUGCUCUGGGCUUAACUUAUUGAAUGAUAUCAACAUAUUAAAUUCACAAGGAUCUGACUCAAGAAGACGGAAAAAUCUCUCUUCGACACAGAGAUCGAGUAGAAGUAGGCCAUUUGAGAUUUGACAGCAUGGAUACAAGGGUAAAUUCCUAAGACUGGACUGGCCAAUUCUGGUAUUUUUUGGAGCAGUUAAAUAGUUUGCUUGAAGAACUGCAAGAAAUUGUUAUGUUUACGUUUGGAUUUUCAAUAUUGAUUAGGUUUACACAAUGGCAGCUGUUUUUUCUUGGAGUCCGAGAAUACAUUACUUACACCAUAUGAAAAAUAUUGUCCAAUUAUGCUAGAGUAUAUCUGUCAAUCUUUGACAGUUUUGUGCAUUGCUAUGGACCCUUUUCACAUUCCAGGUUUUGAAUGCAGAAAUGAAUAAACUAUCACGGAAUAACAUUAUGUAGCCGUGAAUGUGAGACCACAACAAAGAAAAUAUAAAAGAUGCUAAAUUUACUGUCACUCUCUCAGCAGCUGUAUUUGAAGCCCCAUCACAGAAGUGAUUUUUUUUUUUAAAUUAAUGCAAGAGUAAUAAUAUGAAUAAAAUAGUAUUAUAAAAUAUAAUUAUUAUAAAGUAAUAUUAUAAUAUUAGAAAUAAUAUAAAAUAUAAAAAAAAUUGGCAUAUCUGAGUGACUCCAACCAGGUCUCCUUAGCAACCAAAUUGGCCUGGUUGCUAGGAAGGGUAGAGUCACAUGGGGUAACCUCUGAGUGGUCAAGAUUAGGGGUUCUUGCUCUCAAUGGGGCGCAUGGUAAGUUGUGCAUGGAUCGCGGAGAGUAGCAUGAGUCUCCACAUGCUGUGAGUCUCCACGGUGUCAUGCACAACAAGCCACAUGAUAAGAUGCGCGGAUUGACGGUCUCAGAAGCGGAGGCAACUGAGACUUGUCCUCUGCCACCUAGAUUAAGGUGAGUAACCGCGCCAACACGAGGACCCACUAAGUAGUGGGAACUGGGCAUUCCAAAUUGGGAGAAAAGGGGAUAAAAUUAUAAAAAAAAUAAAUUAAAAAAAGUUGGCAUAUAGUCUUUUUGAUUUAUGAUUUAAGAUUUAUGCAGCUAAAUAAGAGUCUGUGAAAAGGGUCUAGUGAUCAACAACCAUGGCUAUUUAAUGAAUUCCAUUUAUAUUAGCAUUGAUAAAAGUGACAUGAAAAUGCUAUAAAUUAAAACAUGAGGUAACAUCUUUUGUCAACCUUACCAAAAAGGGUGCAUGUGAACUUCCUUUCAAGCAAAGAGAUUCUGGAACUGUACAUGUAUGACAAUAAACACACUUCAGGAAUUGGUAAAGUGCUAUUUAACCGCUGAAUCUUAAUUUUCAAGUAAUGUGGCAUGUUCACAUUUAGGCUAUUUGAAGACUGUAGAGUUUACCAAUUUAAUUUGUAAAUAUUUUUGAUAUAUGUAUGUAUGUUUAUAUUAUGCAUCUUUAAUACUGGACUCAGAAACUUUAAGGCUAAGAUUUGGUGUUAAUAGGAAUGUUUUAAGUUGCAUUGCACUGUCAUUUACCACCUCAGAGCCUUGUAGUCAAAAACAUUAUUUGUCAGAAUGUAUACAAAAACUUUUAUGUUUUGUUUUUUUGUCUCAAAUUAUGAUGGAAAGUUGUGUUGUGUAUCUUUCUCCUUUUUUGGAUUCUCAUUCCCAGAUAAUAAAUACAAUG